AUGACUUCCAAAAGACGGCUUUCAAGUAACAGCGAACACAAAUCUGCUGUAGAGAGUUCGGUGCCCGAACGUGCGGCCGAAAUCGCCGAGGAACUGACCAAGAAAGGACACGAAUACCAUGAUCAGCCGUUAACACAUCAUGAUGCUGGCGAGUUCGCGCAGCUCCAGAGACACAAAACAACUGCCGAACAAGCAGCUAGGCUAGAAAGUGGCACGGUGAAUCCCUUCACAGGGUCUGCAUUUAGUCCUCGUUAUUUUGACAUUUUAAAGAUUAGAAGGGACCUGCCCGUUCACGCUCAGAGAGACGAGUUUCUUAAAAUUUACCAGGAAAACCAAAUCAUGGUAUUUGUAGGUGAAACCGGUUCCGGUAAGACUACACAAAUCCCACAGUUUGUUUUGUUCGAUGAGAUGCCUCAUCUGGAGAACAGUCAAGUGGCGUGUACCCAACCUCGUCGUGUGGCAGCAAUGUCUGUGGCCCAGAGAGUGAGUGAAGAAAUGGACGUGAAAUUAGGCGAAGAAGUGGGUUACGCGAUUCGUUUUGAAAACAAGACCUCUAAUAAAACCAUCUUGAAAUAUAUGACCGACGGUAUGUUGCUGAGAGAAGCUAUGGAGGAUCACAACCUGAGCCGCUAUUCGUGUAUUAUUCUCGAUGAAGCGCACGAGAGAACAUUGGCCACUGAUAUUCUUAUGGGUUUGUUGAAGCAGGUGGUGGUGCGGAGGCCAGAUUUGAAACUUAUCAUUAUGUCCGCUACUUUGGACGCUGCAAAAUUUCAGAGAUACUUUAUGGACGCACCUUUGCUAGCAGUCCCUGGUAGAACAUUUCCCGUGGAAUUGUAUUAUACUCCAGAAUUCCAAAGAGACUAUCUGGAUUCUGCUAUUCGCACUGUCCUUCAAAUACAUGCCACAGAAGAACCUGGUGAUAUCUUGCUGUUUUUAACCGGUGAAGAAGAAGUUGAAGAUGCAGUACGGAAAAUUUCCUUAGAAGGUGACCAACUAAUGAGAGAGCAGAACUGUGGUCCCCUUAGCGUCUACCCAUUAUACGGUUCAUUGCCUCCUCACCAUCAACAACGUAUCUUUGAGCCGGCUCCCGAGCCUGUCAAUGGACGUGCUGGAAGAAAAGUUGUCGUAUCAACAAAUAUUGCAGAAACAUCGUUGACUAUCGACGGUAUAGUAUAUGUGGUUGACCCCGGGUUUUCGAAGCAAAAGGUAUACAACCCAAGAAUCAGAGUGGAGUCCCUACUUGUAUCGCCCAUUUCUAAAGCCUCCGCUCAACAGAGAGCUGGUCGUGCUGGUCGUACAAGACCAGGUAAGUGUUUCAGACUUUAUACCGAAGAAGCUUUCCAGAGAGAGUUGAUUGAGCAGAGCUAUCCUGAAAUUCUUCGUUCCAAUUUGUCCUCCACUGUCUUGGAAUUGAAAAAACUAGACAUCAACGAUUUGGUUCAUUUCGACUUUAUGGACCCACCUGCACCAGAGACCAUGAUGCGUGCUUUAGAAGAGCUCAAUUACCUGGCUUGUUUGGAUGAUGAUGGUAACUUGACACCGCUGGGCCGUUUGGCAUCCAAUUUCCCCUUGGACCCCAUGCUGGCAGUGAUGCUGAUAGGUUCGUCUGAGUUCUAUUGCGCUGAAGAGAUGUUAACUAUCGUUGCGAUGCUUUCUGUGCCAAGCGUCUUCGUGCGUCCUGCUAAGGACAGAAAGAGGGCUGACGAUGCAAAGGCCAUUUUCGCGCACCCUGAUGGAGAUCACAUCACGCUGCUGAAUGUUUACCAUGCUUUCAAGUCUGAUGAGGCUUACGAGUACGGAAUUAACAAAUGGUGCCGCGAUAACUUUUUGAACUACAGGGCCCUAUCGUCCGCGGACAACAUCAGAGCACAGCUGGAAAGGAUGAUGCUUCGCUACAACCUGCCACUUACCACCACGGACUACGAGGACCCUCGCUAUUUCGACAAUAUCAGAAAAGCGUUAGCCGCAGGCUUUUUCAUGCAGGUAGCCAAGAAGAGAUCCGGUGGCAAGGGCUACAUCACAGUGAAGGACGACCAAGACGUUCUGAUCCAUCCGAGCGCUGUGCUCGGCCACGAUGCCGAGUGGGUCGUCUACAACGAGUUUGUGCUGACCUCAAAAAACUACAUCAGAACUGUCACGUCUGUGAGGCCCGAGUGGCUUGUAGAGCUGGCUCCUGCUUAUUACGACUUGGACAAUUUCAGAAAGGGCGAUGUCAAGCUUUCGCUGGAGCGCAUCAAGCAAAAAGUGGAGCUUGUGAAGGACAUAAACAGCGACAAGAAGAAAAAGAGCAAGAAGAGCAAGCACAGGGACUGA